CUUUGUUGGACUUUGUUCUUCUUUGGGUUUCGUUUUUCAUUCAUAUUAGAGUAUUAGUCAAUUACUCAAUUAAACACUACCAAAGACCAAGCUUCCUUCCAACUCCCUUCAACUGGUCAACUAAACAAGUUGGCAAGAGUUUUAGAUAUCGAUCGUGCUUAGCUCUGCUUCGAAAACAUCCAUGGCAACUGUUACUUCAGAAAUACAGCAGAUGCUCGUCUCUUUCUUCUGCUUCUUCUUAAUAACUUCCUCCAAACUGCUGGGAGCAGCCGGAAAUUCCUGCACAGAAUCCAAGUGUGAGGAUAAUGAUGCUCCAGCCAUUCACUACCCUUUCCGUCGCGGACAGCAUUGUGGCUAUGAUCCUGUGCUUCAAUGCACCCAGCCCAAUGAAACAGUACUUGCGGAGAAGUCAUUAGUGCUGGUAAAAUUCUUUGUCAAACACAUAGAUUAUAAGCAACAAACAAUCCAGCUCAAUCAACCAGAUGAUUGCCUCCUGCUAAAGCCUUUCGGCAUCCCACACAUGCCAACUUCUCCAUUCUAUUUCCCAGAGGAAAGCAUGUAUAUUACAAGCAUGAAUAUUACACUAUAUCAUUGUCCUACUAUUCCCGUUGAAAGAGAGUAUCUAAAGCAAGUCCCUUGCCUCGGUGGCCCUGCCUCCCAAACAUACGCCUUUCCUUCAGACUUGGAUUUACUUAGAUACAUGGUAUCAGUAAGGUCUUGUACAAAGAUGUAUGAUGUUUUAUCACUUCCAUUUGGAACUUGGUGGGGAAAUAAAGAGGAUUUUAUACUGAAUUGGUCUAAACCAAAUUGUACUGAAUGUGAGGCAGAGGGUAAGAGCUGUAGAUUGCAGAUGAAUGGCACCAACACUGAAAUUGAAUGUGUUCACUUGAGGAAACCAAGUGCGACAACCAAAUUAGUUGCUACAGGUGCAACUGUAGGUUCAUUCCUUCUCUUACUACUGCUCAUCCCUGUCUAUCGUGCUUAUAACUCUGAUAGAAAGGAAAAGGAACAUCAAAGAAAAAUUGAAAGAUUUUUGGAAGAUUACAAAGCUCUCAAGCCAAGCAGAUACUCAUAUGCAGAUAUCAAGCGAAUUACAAAUCAAUUCAAGGACAAGGUAGGAGAAGGAGCCUAUGGAACAGUGUUUAAAGGAAAUCUUUCUUCUGAACUCCAUGUUGCUGUGAAAGUCUUGAAAAUUUCAGAUGGGAAUGGGGAAGAGUUCAUAAAUGAAGUGGGAACUCUCGGUCAUAUCCACCAUGUUAAUGUGGUCCGCUUAGUUGGCUUUUGUGCUGAUGGAUUUGAACGAGCUCUUGUUUAUGACUUCUUCCCCAAUGGUUCACUGCAAGAUUUCAUUUCAUCAGCAGAUAAUACGAAUGGUUUUUUGGGUUGGGAUAAGUUGCAAGAUGUUGCUCUAGGCAUAGCCAAAGGAAUUGAAUAUCUACAUCAAGGAUGCGAUCAACAAAUCCUUCAUUUUGAUAUCAAACCCCAUAAUGUUUUGCUAGACCAAAAUUUCACUCCAAAAAUUUCUGAUUUUGGUUUGGCCAAGUUAUGUUCAAAGGAUCAAAGUAUAGUAUCAAUGACAACAGCAAGGGGCACUAUGGGCUACAUUGCACCUGAAGUGUUCUCCAGGAACUUUGGGAAUGUGUCUCAGAAGUCGGAUGUCUAUAGUUUCGGAAUGCUGUUGCUUGAGAUGGUAGGAGGGAGGAAGAAUAUUGGUGCAACCAUGGACAACAUGCAUGCAGUUUAUUACCCAAAAUGGAUCUAUAACCUCCUGGAAAAAGGAGAAGACCUCCGAAUCCAUAUUGGGGAAGAAGGAAAUUCAAAAAUUCCAGAGAAACUUUCAAUUAUUGGGCUCUCAUGCAUCCAGUGGUACCCAGUGGCUCGUCCUUCCAUGAAAGCAGUGGUUCAGAUGCUAGAGGGAGGAGAAAAAUUAACAAUGCCGCCUAAUCCUUUUGCAACAACAGGUCAUAGUAGAGCAGAUGUUGGAAGUAUCCCUAAAAGACCCAUGUGCCUCGAAUUAGAAACAAUUACUGAAUUAGAGUAA